AUGCAGUUCUGGCAUGAAGAGAAAGAAGCGAUGCUGCAAGGACAAAAGGAAUUACCUAGAGAAUUAAAGGUUAUAAAAGUUGCAUAUAGGUAUCCAGAUAAGGGGUUAGGCUCAAGGAUCACUAUGAAGAAGGGUACUGCAGUUCACCAGAGUUUGAUCCAAUGGAAGAAUAAGUCUAUUGAUGAUGUAACAAGGGAAGGCAAUGACGGUUUGCAUGGUCAAAUUUCUGAAUUUGGACUUGAGGACAAGUCUAUUCCUAUGGAGGUGGGAGUGAUAGAAACGUGGAUGUGUAUAUCAGGUAUAUGUUCUAGGUUCCCUAGCUCCCGUCUCAGCUUCUGGAGGGGUGUAGAAGCUUCGCUGAAACAUUUAUUUGAAAAAUUGGUUCGUCUUGUUCCAUUUCCAAGCAAUAAACUAUUCUUUUCUUCAACCCCACACAGUAUUGCUUUUCCCUACAACUCUGCUUCCCGUCUUCAAUUUCCUCUACCCUUCCCCCCUCCCCUCGUAUCUACAGGUUAG